UUUUGUUUCACACAUUCGCCUAAACAUGGCCGCCGUAGCAACCACUGGACGCGAUGAGAAACUGCGCUCGGGUGAUGGAGAGUCUCGCGUCUAUCAAGCCACCACAUCAAAUCCAGUCCGAAGUGACAGAGAGGAUCAGAGGCUGGAUGGGCAGAAAGUUGUGCAAUUUCUCCGGGAGGCUGAGAAGAAAAGGAGGCAGAUUGAAAAGCUGGAGAAAGAGCAAACAUUGUGCAAAAAGCAGGGCUGGUCAGAUGUGUGGGACGAACUGGAAGAAUGUGAAAAAGUAUUGGAGAAAGAAAGAAGAGCUCAUCAAAUACAUCUUCAAAAGCAGCUAAUAAAGAUUCAAAAUGGAGUGAGGAAAUUUCAGGGACAUCUAAUCGAUGUGAAGCCAACUCCAGAGUUGAUUGAAAAGCUGAAGGAAAUCAUGACAGAGGUGGAAAUCUCAAUAAACACCCUGAAGGAGGAGCAGRGUUUGUGCUUUGAGGAAUAUCUGAAGGAGGAGAGGACUUGCAGGCAGGAAAUCAGUGCUUACGAGAAGAAGAUUGAAAACUGGAAUCUUUCUGUUCAGUCAAGCUCCAAACUCACAACUUCCACUCUCAAGACCAAACUGCAGGACAGAGACCUCCCUGCUGAGGACAGAGCCUUGGAGGAUUUCCUGCAGAGGACAGGUGGGCAGUGUGGAGGCUGGGACCAAUUUGACCAUCAAACCUAUCUAAAGGUCUGGACAAAGCACAGCGGGCAGCCGUCCUACAGGAAAGAGGCCAAACUGAACUUGCCAGGUAUAACUCUGGAGGACAUAGAGCAACACGAAGACUGGUAUCAGGAACUGCUCAGCUUAAAGAACAAAAGGAGGGAGGCUAUUCAGRGUUGGAAAGCCAGUAAACAGCAGGAACGCCAGACAAGGAUACAGAGUCAGGAGGAAACAGAAGAGGCGCGAAAAAGAGAGAGGAAGGCCAAGAGCCUGGCCGAGCAGCACAGGACUGAGGAGGAGAGGGCGGAGGUGGCGCAGCGACUGGAGCUGUGGAGGGAGGAGAAGAAGAGAAAAGAGGACAGGGAAGAAGAGCGGAGGCUGAUUGAGGAGAUUCAAAAGAAGAGAUGGGAAAAGGAGGAGCGUCGCCGGCAGCUGGAAGUGAAGCUGGCCCUCGAGGAGCAUCUUCGGCUGAAGAGGGAGGAAGAGGAGGAACGGGGGAGGAAAAGGAGAGAGGAAGAGCGGAGAGAAAUGGAGGAGAGGCAAAGGGAGGCAGCAAAGAUUAUUAAAUGCUUCAGCGAAAGGGAUCUUCACAAGGUGGAGGCAAAGCUUCACGAGAAACAGCUGAAGGAGAAAGAAGAGGAGCAAAGACAAAAAAGAAUUGCUGCUAAGCUGAAGGAGAGGGUGGACGGUCGUAUAAGCAGAGACCCCUCCAGAUUAAUCCGUCCCACCCAAGGAUGGCAGGAGAGGAUGAAACAUGUUGGAUCUUCAGGAGACCAACCGGUGCUACAAAUGUUUCACAGAGCUGUUCCCACUUGGAGACAAGGCCUGUGAGGAGAUCAGGAGUCUUUCAGAGUUUUUAACUGUGUUUUCUGCCUUUUAAAAGAAAACGAAUUCAGGAAGGAUUGUGCAUUUAUUUGAUUUUGAGUUAUAUGUCUAUGAAUAAAAUAAAUUUCCAUUUUA